AUGGACGAACUGGAGGUGGCGAUUCUGUGCCUCUACGGAAAUGAGUGCGCCCAGAUCAGCAAAGGCGAGGCACAAAAGUACUGCGAGAAUUUUCAGAACAGCACGGACAGCUGGAAGUACUGCAUUGCCAAGUUUGUAGACAGCAAAAGGUUAGAGGUGAAGUUCUUUUGCAUCCAUGUAAUCAUAGAGAAGCUGAAGGAUCUGAAGGGAGAAGACCUCCUGUAUGUAAAAGAUUCCCUGUACAAUUAUAUGCAGACGAAAUACACAACGGCCAAUGACGACCCCUGUGUGGUGAACAAGAUUAUCCAGCUGUACAUCUCCUUGAUAGAAUUUCUUUACCCAAACAAUAUGAAUGAUGGGUUCAAAUUCCUGAUAAAUCUGAUCAUGGUGAAUAACGACAUGAAUGUAAAAAAUUUGUAUAUCAAUUUUUUCCUCAAAUUAAUGAAUAUGAUAGAUGUAGAAUAUAUAGACAACGUGUAUUCUAAAAAAGGGGUUCAGCUAGCCACCAGUUUGAAAGAAGCAAUUAAAAAUAACGAUCUGCCAAUCAUUAUCGAAUGUUUGUAUUUUAUAAUGAGUACAAACAUGGAAGAGAUUAGUGCACUUAGCAUCUUUACCCUCUCUAAGUAUGUCACCUGGAUCGACAUCAACUACGUGGUCAAUGAUAAAAUACUCGCCUCCAUUUAUCAGUGCAUUAAUGGGCAAAAUAACUCCAUGACAGAGGCGAGCUUCUCCUUCUUAACCGCACUGGUACGUAAAGGAAUGAAUCCAGUCAACAAAAUUCAAUUCCUUGAAAAUAUAAACCUCAUUUAUGUGCUGCAAAAUAUUCCCAAAAUUCUGGACAUAUCCUACGAGAUGAACAAAAAGAUUAUGCUAAAGAAAGGAGAGCUGAUAAACUACCUCUGUCUCGAGUUGGUAGAAUCGAUUUACGAGAUUAAUAAAAUGAAGGACUAUCCGAUGAACUGCGCAAAGUACAACCAGAUAUGUGACAAGGGAACCGAGAUGCUGUUUCUGAUUUUACCUCACGCUUUGGACAUAUACGCGAUUGAUAACUUUUUCGUAGCCAGCACGGUAGAGAAAUUCUUCAGUCUACUCUUCACCAAAUUUAAGACCGUAAUGGGGUCAUCCUCCCCUGGGGAAGGGAUUAACACCCAACAGGGAAGUCUUACCGCUUCGCCAAAUGCGUAUAAAAUCCCACAGGCCAAAAUGAAUCUCUUUAUUAAUACCCUGAUAUGCAGCACGGUGAACAAAUUUCAGUUCCCACCCUACAUUGAAGAAUUCUACGAUGAGGAGGACGAAGAUUUUAUUGCCUUCAACACCUUUCGAGAGAACAUCGAAAAACUCUUCCAGAGAUUAAUCCUCUUUAAUAAGCUGAAAGCCAUCGAAAUUAUUAAGAAUGCGAUUAUUUACUUGAAUGAAAAUUUCGAAAAUUUGAAGUGGAAUACCAUAGAGUCAACUCUUUACGCCUUCUACAUCACCACGUCUAUCUAUAGUGACUACAAAGGGAGCACCGUGCAGGGGGGAGGAACUACACCCAGGGAUCCCACCUCCAGUGCACUGUCCAGCACGUGUCUAAGCAAAACACCCACAGGAACGGGACACGCCAAUGCGAGUGGCAAUCCCUCCAAAGAGGUACAAGACAUGCACAAUGGGGAGUAUAAUAACUUACUCUUUGGCUGCCUCGCGGAGUUACUGAAAAAUCGAAAAAUUCUCAACUGCAGUAAUAGCCUUAUAAACAUAAACCUGAUGGAGAUUUUCCAAAGGCUGAACCUUUUUUUCAUCAAAAAUCCAGAGUACGUAGAAUACUCUCUUCAUGUCUUUAUUACAAAUGGGAUCAGAUGCAGCAACAAUAAGGUGGUAAAAAAGUCGGUACAUAUUUUUAAAAAAUUCCUCAAAGUGAAUUCUGUGGUAAUAUGCAACUAUAUGAAGGAAAUUCUGCAGAUGCUGGAGAGCUUUCUUGAAAUCCCAUGUGUUUAUCAGCGGGUUGGUACCAAAAAUGGAGCAGCCACCAAUAAUGCCAGGAAUGCUUCCCUAUCGGACAUGCUUUCCCUUGACCAAGACUCCAUAAAAUCUGUCUACAAAUAUAUCUACGCGGAUGUGAAUUACACCCAUGAAGAUCAGAACGACAUUUAUGAAAUCGCAGGGUUGCUCCUACUGCACUAUGAUUAUAGUCGAGCUAAGAGGCCCGCUAAAGGCGAUUCAAACGACCUGAUUCACCUUUCGGAACCGCAACGAAUGCAAGGAAUGCAAAGCGGAAGAGGCAGCCACGCCAACGUAAGCUUUAACCGAAUGGGCAGUACCAACAGUGGCAGUGGAGGAGACGCAAAAAAUUUAAACAGCACGACCUCCAUGCAGAGCAUCUCCAUCGAUCUGAACACGAGAAAUGAAAGAAUCAAUGAAGAACUGAUCCCAAAUUAUAAAGAUAGGAUCUUCUUUUUCAAGGGAAUCUUAAAUAAGCUACUGGAAAAUCUAGCCAACAUAAAAAAUGUCUACAUAAAUUCGUCCAAGUCACAGCAUGAGAUCCUAUGUCUAAGUUUCACCUGCAGUGUCGUCAUCAGAUGUAUCGGUGCAUUAUGCAAAAAUGUGAAUAUCAACAUGACGGAUGAGUUGAUAAACGAUCUAGACAACACGUUAGGGAUUAUCAUCAGUGAAGCGUUAGAAUUGUUUUACAAAAAUUAUAUCGUUAGGGAUUCUGUCCUCUACACGUAUCGAAUUUUAUCUAACCUGUUUAAGGAACUGUCUCUCAAUUACACCAUAAAGAUUCUUCCCUACUUUUACAACAUAUCAUACAGUAUGAUCAUGACCAAACUGCAGAAGGGUAGUACCCCUGGGGGAAGUACUUCUGGCGGUGCCAUAGGAACAUCACAAGGAGCUCUAGUGAGUCAAAAUCAAAACCCAUUACUCUCUUUCAGCAUGAUGACGCCAUCAUCACAUCCAACUGCUGCAGCUGUUGCAGCGGGGUCGUCAGGUGAACCCUCAACUUGCUUCGCCGACUCGCAGGAAGAACUAAAAUAUCUAUUUAGUGAACUUAACGAAUUGGGCGUACUAGUGUGCCACCUCAUAUCGACGUAUAAGGAAAAAUCCUACGAGACGUUUAUUAAGCCCUACAUACAGAACAUUACUCAGAUUCAUCUGAAUAUCUGGAAGUGCAUAAUUGUCCAGUCGCUGGAAAUGCAAAGGGAACAGAACUCUGUCCUAUCGCCACUCCUCAUCAUAUUGUACAAUAUAUCUUUAAACAUCCCAUCAGCAAUUCAUAAUUUUGUUUCCCUCGAUUUGAUUGCCCUAACACAUAAAGAAUUUUGCCAGGCCUUUUCGAAUGAAGAAAUGGUCAAGGCAAAAUGUCCAGAUGCGAUUACUAGCAUUUUGCUUGUCUCUCUAAAUUAUGGCAACACCUGCGAUUUGAAUAUCUGCCUCUAUGCAGCACAGACCAUUUCCAACAUGCUGAAUAAUGCCACUUUUUUGCAGAAUGCGCACGAGGUACUGAGUAAAUACCCCCUCGUCCAAAUCAUCGACACCCUGUGUGUAACGCUCAAGUCCCUUGAUUAUUCGGAUCCUAAGAAUAAGAGGAUAAUCCAAGAGGUGAUGAACAUCUUCCGACUCUUCUGCGGCUUUAAAGUGAACGCCAACUGUCUGCCCAACAAAAUUCUGGAGAGCGCUCAAAUCUGUUUGCAGAAUUCGCUACUUUCAGUCUUCAAGAAUAACCGAAACGACAUCGGCGUAUUGUUACAGGCCGUCAACGCGAAUAAUCAGCAGCAGUUCAGACAAAUUUUGUCAAAUUUUGUUGCGUAG